AAAAAGGCUCUGCAUUGCUGGAAGAAAUUCAAAGAAUCUGAGUUUUAAAAAAAAAAAAGGAAAUUAAAGCCACAAAUGGUUUUAAAAGCCUGUAUGCACGUGAGGAAAGCUUAGCAUUUCUUCUGAUCCAAUCGUGAAAUCCUGAUCACCUUCUAAGCACUAAUGCUGUUUCCACUUGCUCUCUUCCUUCUUUUGUCUCAACACAACAAUCAUUGAGAAAAGCAUCAGACAACUACCCACCGUCCCUGCUCUUCUUCGUCUCUUUAGUGUUUUUUCACUUCCAGCUGUUCGCCAUUUUUUUUUUUUUCAAUUAAAAGAGGGAGCGAAGGAAGGAAGGGAGGGAAAACAAACUAAUCAACAUGACCAAGUUUCAUUUUCUUCUGGUUUCUGUUCUCUUGGUUCUCUGCCACGUCUCCAUGGCAAUGGCGGAGACGAAGGAAACGAAUCAGAGAAAGACUUACAUCGUCCACAUGGCAAAAUCCGAUAUGCCGGCCAGUUUCGAACACCACUCGCACUGGUACGACUCGUCUCUCAGAUCGGUAUCUGACUCGGCCGAAAUGCUGUAUAUAUACAACAAUGUCAUCCACGGUUUUUCCACGAGCCUAACGGCCGAGGAAGCUCAGUCCCUCGAAGGUCAACCUGGAGUUCUAUCCGUGUUACCCGAAGUAAAAUACGAACUCCAUACUACUCGGACCCCUGCUUUCCUCGGACUCGAUAAAGCGAAUCAACUGCUUAUCGAGUCCACCGCUGGAGCCAGCGAUGUAAUUGUGGGCGUUUUAGAUACCGGUGUUUGGCCCGAGAGCAAGAGCUUCGACGACACCGGAUUCGGACCCGUGCCGAGUAGCUGGAACGGCACGUGCGAAGAAGGGACGAAUUUCACCGCCUCAAAUUGCAAUCGGAAACUAAUCGGAGCAAGGUAUUUUGCCAAAGGCUACGAGACAACGUUGGGUCCGAUCGAUGUGACUAGGGAGUCGAAGUCCCCGAGGGAUGACGAUGGCCAUGGGACUCACACUGCAACUACGGCAGCUGGAUCGGUUGUGGAAGGAGCGAGCCUAUUUGGCUACGCGCAAGGAACAGCGCGUGGAAUGGCACCGCGAGCUAGAGUCGCCAUCUACAAGGUGUGCUGGCUCGGAGGCUGUUUCAGUACAGAUAUCUUGAUGGCCAUGGAUAAAGCCAUCGACGACAACGUCAAUGUCCUCUCGAUGUCGCUUGGUGGUGGAAUGUCCGAUUAUUACAAAGACAGCGUCGCCAUUGGAGCUUUCGCGGCGAUGGAGAAGGGAAUCUUGGUCUCUUGCUCCGCCGGGAAUGCGGGUCCCAGUCCGUACAGUCUUUCCAAUUUGGCACCAUGGAUCACUACCGUAGGAGCUGGCACAAUAGAUCGUGACUUCCCGGCUUACGUCACCCUCGGUAACGGCCAAAACUACUCAGGCGUCUCGCUGUUCCGAGGCAAUGCCUUACCUGGAUCGCUGUUGCCUAUCAUCUAUGCCGGCAACGCUAGUAAUGCUACGAAUGGAAAUCUAUGCAUGAUGGACACUUUGAUACCCGAAAAAGUUGCCGGAAAAAUCGUUCUUUGCGAUCGAGGAGUGAGUGCUAGGGUUCAGAAAGGAGCGGUGGUGAAAGCUGCGGGCGGUGUAGGGAUGGUGUUGACGAACACCGCCGCCAACGGCGAAGAGUUGGUUGCAGACGCACAUCUUUUGCCGGCCACCACGGUGGGUCAGAAAUCUGGGGAGGCUAUAAGGAAAUACUUGUUUUCGGAUCCGAACCCGACCGCUACGGUUGUUUUCGAAGGGACAAAAGUUGGGAUAGAACCAUCGCCUGUGGUCGCGGCGUUCAGUUCGAGAGGUCCGAACUCAAUCACGCCGGAAAUACUGAAACCCGACAUUAUCGCGCCAGGUGUCAACAUCCUGGCAGGGUGGUCUGGAGAAGUUGGUCCCACCGGUUUGUCCAUCGAUGGUAGGCGCGUGACUUUCAACAUCAUCUCCGGCACGUCGAUGUCUUGCCCACAUGUGAGCGGGCUCGCGGCGCUUCUCAAGGCGGCUCAUCCGGAGUGGAGCCCGGCGGCUAUUCGAUCGGCUCUAAUGACCACGGCUUACACCUCGUACAAAAACGGCCAGAGUAUACGAGACGUAGCUACUGGGAAACCAUCCACACCGUUGGAUCACGGCUCUGGACACGUGGACCCCGUAUCGGCCUUAUAUCCAGGACUCGUUUAUGAUUUAACGGUAAAUGAUUACCUAGGUUUCCUAUGCGCUUUGAAAUACACCGGCGCACAGAUUAGCGGCCUGGCGAGGAGAAAAUUCACAUGCGACCCGAGUAAAAAAUACAGUGUGGGGGAUCUUAAUUACCCUUCAUUUGCAGUCAAUUUCCAGAGCAGUGGGCCCACCGUGGUGAAGUACAGUCGGACACUGACUAAUGUGGGUUCAGCGGGUACGUACAAGGUGUCUAUCAAAACAGAGACUCAAGCGGUGAAGAUCUCAGUUGAGCCUGAGACAUUGAGUUUCAGCCAAGUAAAUGAGAAGAAAGGGUGCACCGUAACGUUUACUGCAGUGGGUUCAUUGCCGUCAGAUUCAAACAGCUUUGGUCGUCUUGAAUGGUCAGAUGGCAAGCACAUUGUGGGAAGCCCAAUUGCUUUUAGCUGGAGUACUUGAUAGGAGAGAGAAAGAGAAGCAAUUAGGACAUGUUUAAAUUAUUUAAUAUCGAUCUCACCGGCUCAAAGAGCGGUGUUAUUGAUCUUCGUUUAAGUGUUAAGAAUAUUUCAAGCUCUUUGUUUAAUUGUUUUCGGCUAACCAUGGAAGCUGUAUUGCAAUGUUUGAUGUUGAUCUCUGAGAGAGAGGAAAAAAAAAAAAAAAAAAAAAAGGGGUGAAGGCGAGAUGUUUCCUUUGUUAGUGUACAGUAUUCUUUGGCAAAUGUACAUGCCUUUUGCAUUUGUUGAAGAUUAAUUUAAUAAACAAUUAUAUAAGUAUUUCUCUGUUUAGCUACUA